AUGGCUUUCUUACUUUCCGACGCGGUGAACGACAGCUACAGUUUGCUAAAGGCUCCGCGGCCCAGCAUGCAAGCCCUGAUGCUGGAUGCCAUCACCCAGCAGGGCAAGCUGACGGAGCUGGUUCUGAAGGGGCAGGUGGAGCUGUCAAGGUCCAUCGCUCUGUGUUUGGAGGUUCUUGGUUUGGGCACCAGUUCCCCCGACCGGCAUUCCGCUGCCGCCCGGGCCCUAGUGAGCCUGGUCACACAUCAGAAGCUGCGACCCGCCGUGGACAACCUGCUGGUCAUGAGGCGACUUUGCCGGAUCAUCGAACUCACAGAUUCUGCAACAGCACUAGCGGCGGCGGGGAAGGCGCUGUUUGAGGUCGCGGAUGAUGCUUCUUGGAGAACCAAGGGCGGCAGCACUGCCGAAAUUCUUCGAGAGGCGCUUCUUCGCUGUGUGGACACCAUCACCUCAGUUGCUGAGCAGCAGCAGAAGAAGAAGCACAAGGAGAAGCAACAGCAGCAGCAGAAAAUGAAGCACAAGGAGAAGCAACAGCAGCAGCAGAAGAAGAAGCACAAGGAGAAGCGACAGCAGCAGCAGCAGCAGGACGCAAUCGCGGGAAAAAGCUGCACUAGUACUCGGGAGAGCGGAGCGGAGCAAGCAGGCACUACGUCUAGCACGCCACCACUGUUCAUGGAAUCGGGUGCCACACCUGAUGCGGACCAAAUUGCCUUGGUGACCGCUGCCGCUGCCGUUCUGCGGCCCCCCGUGUUGCACCUGCUCAGCCCUGAUCAGCUGCAGGAGGCAUCUGGCGCGCUGGCGGCAUGCAUUGCCAGUGGCUGCGGCUGUGCAGAGGUACUCUCCGCCCUGUCUUCUGUGGUUCAGUUCGGACCCACGGAUACAGACCGUGUUGCCGCUGCAUGUGCAGCGCUGAACUGCGAUGGCAUGGUUGCAGCGAUCUUUAAAUCUGUGGCGGCCGGUACACAGUCAGCCAAGGCCGUACAAGCUACAGAGAUACUGGAGAGUGAAAAUGGCAGCAGCAGCAGCAGCAAGAGCGAUGGUGCAGCUUGUAUGGUGACAACGAAAGCCUUGGGUCGUACACCGAUCAAGCUUACGACCAGUGCUCAAAACGCCCUGUCGUGUCUGGCGGCAACGUUGGCCGCCUGCGUGACGGCGGGCAGUCCACCACACAUCUCCACAGCCACUAGUGAUGAAACCAUGGCAGAAUUAUUGCUGCCCCUUCUGCAGCUGGAACCUCCGGAAGCUAUCCACACCUUGCGCACCCUGCUGCUCCUCAUGAGCCUCAGCUCUGCACCUAAUGGCCUGGCAAAAGCUGUAGCAGUUGCCUUAGCUCCUGGUGGCUGUCUGCAUGCCAUGUCAGGCGCUGUGCUGGCUGCCAUCAAAGCUCUGCUAGGGGAUAGUUCAGUCGCAGAUUUCGCUGAUGCCGCCUGUGCGACAAGCCUCCUGCUCCUCACCACAUUAUUGCUUGAGACGGGCGGAGUGACGGUGGAGCAGCUACAGGAGCAAGCAACAGGGCUGAUACAGGCCGCAGUGGGCGUCGUUACGGGUGAAAUGCCGGGACCAGAAUGGCAUGGGCUUUUCACCUCCGUGGCAAGCCAGGGUGAUAGCAGUAGUUCUACUAGAAGGACUAGUAGUCCUUCUGUGCGUUACCCGGGCACGCUGAGGUCGGCUGCAGCCAAAGCCUUGUGUCCGCUAUUGGAGUGGGUAUCUGGGCAGGAUACCAGCAGUGCUGGCCAGCCAAUUAUUGCCACUUUACAGCCGGACAAGGUAGCGGACGCACUCAUUGCAGGCGUGAUGUCAUCAGCUGGUAAUGUUAGCGGGAAUGAGGGGAUUUUGGAGCAACUGUGCGUCCUCACGCCAAGCCUACAGCUAUCAGAUCCGGGUCCACGUUGGGCAAAGUUCAGCUUGAGGGACUUGUAUACGCUCAUCGAAGCCCUCCUGGACAUCAUGGUGAAUCAAGCAGCGGAUGGUCCUAACCAACACAAAGUCCCGCAGCUGGCGGCUGUGAUGGCCCUGUCCCUGUGGUCAAGGAUCCCCGGCAUCCGCGGGGCAGGCUUGUUCAAUUUCGAUGAUGCAAACGCCUUCUAUGAAUUACUCCUAAAACUCGUAACUGCUGCCCUCCAAUCUGUCGCUUCCGCUGCUGCCUCCAACCCCACAUCGGUGCAGCAGCUGUCUGACCUGGCGGGGGUACUGAAUGCGGUGUUAGGCUGUCUACAGCCGCAACUGGCUCUCUCGGGAAACCAGUGCCUGCCGCUGUCACCAGCCCUUACAGAGAAGCUGCUUCCCCGCCAGCAGGUUACUACAGCAAGUAUUGGGGUCGGUGAUAAUAAGGGGGUCAACCUGCUCCACCUUCGUUACGACUUCAUCAAGCCUGCACUGUCGCACUGCAGUGGCACACAACGGUGGCGCAGUGCUUACAGUUCUCGCACCAUUUAUGGCCCUCGUCCAGAGUUUUCUCUGCAGUUGAAGUGGAACUUUGAGGUGGCUCCCCCGACCGAGGCAUGGACCUCAUUCGUUAACAAGCUUACAGAACAGGCACAAGGAUCCAGCAGCAUCGGCUACAUUGAUGGACAUAAGACUGUUGCAACCACGACCGUUGAGCCUCUGUUGCAGGGACUGGCUGUGGCGUCCUCCCAGCUGACCGAGAUGAUUGGAAAGCAGCUGCAGCCCCCCAGCCCAGCUGGCAGGGAAGGCGAAUGCGUACUGGGCCUGGAAACAGCUGCAGUUUUGCGGGCGGCAGUGCAGGUGGCGGGUAACACGGCUAAGGUUCUGGCGCUGUGUGUCCCGCCGCCUCUAGCUGACAUCAACAAAUGA